GUGCACAAUGGUAAAAACUUCACUAUUAAUUAGUCCAUUACCUUUCAGCUCCAAUGGCGAUUCCUCCAUCAUAUGUAGACCUUGGCAAAUCUGCCAGAGAUAUCUUCAAUAAAGGAUAUGGUUUUGGGUUGGUGAAACUGGAUGUGAAAACAAAAUCUGCAAGCGGAGUGGAAUUCACAACAUCUGGUUCAUCGAACACAGACACUGGAAAAGUGAAUGGGAGCUUGGAGACCAAAUACAAGUGGGCUGAGUAUGGGCUGACUUUCACAGAAAAAUGGAACACAGAUAACACUCUGGGAACAGAAAUUGCAAUUGAAGAUCAGAUUGCCAAAGGUUUGAAGUUGACAUUUGAUACAACUUUCUCACCAAAUACAGGAAAGAAAAGUGGUAAAAUUAAGUCAGCUUAUAAACGUGAAUGCCUAAACCUAGGUUGUGAUGUUGACUUUGAUUUUGCUGGACCUGCAAUCCAUGGUUCAGCUGUCUUUGGUUAUGAAGGCUGGCUUGCUGGUUAUCAGAUGACUUUUGAUAGUGCCAAAUCAAAAUUGACAAGAAAUAACUUCUCUGUGGGUUACAAGACUGGAGACUUCCAGCUGCACACUAAUGUCAAUGAUGGUUCAGAAUUUGGUGGGUCAAUUUACCAGAAAGUGAGUGACAAUCUUGAAACUGCUGUAAACCUGGCUUGGACAGCAGGUAGCAACAGCACUCGAUUUGGCAUUGCGGCUAAGUACAAGUUGGAUUCCACUGCUUCUAUCUCUGCAAAAGUGAACAACUCUAGUCUAGUUGGAGUGGGUUACACCCAGACCCUGAGGCCAGGUGUGAAGCUUACCCUGUCUGCCCUGUUAGAUGGAAAGAGCAUCAAUGCUGGUGGCCAUAAACUUGGUCUUGGCCUGGAAUUGGAGGCUUAAAAAGGUGAAGAAGCUGCUGCAGAGAAGGGAUAUCAGAAGAAUUUGGCCUUAAAAUGUAUUUCCAAUGUGACCAGCAGGCUUUUUUUUUUUCCCCAAGAAGGAUGACCUAGAACAAGAGCUGUAUUUGAAGUAUUUAGACAGUUACUUGUUAGCUGGUUUCUAGUUAAAUUGGUUACCCAUCUAGUUAAAAUUCUGCAUUAGUGCAGUCACUUAAACAUUAUUUAAAUGUAUUUAACUGUUUAAUGCGCUCCCCACAAACAAUGAAAUAGACAUUUAUGAAAACUGUACAAUUGUGUGCAUGUUUGUUUUUAUGUUCCUUUUAACAUUCGAUAUUGCCAUUGAAUGAAAAAUGGAUCAGUGGAUGUUUUGAAAUGAGGUCAAUGAUUUUGUUAAAUCACCUGAAGCAGAAAUACAUUUGGUAUCCCAAGACAAAUUAUGAAUAAAACAAGUACACACACAUA